AUUGAGACGCUACAGAUUGGAUCGUGCAGGAAUCAUGUUUGUGGUGGAUCUCCUUAGAGAUGCAAUUACUUCACCAACUCGACGCCACAACGCUAUUACACCGGAGAAGAAAGUAAUCACAACCCUGAGGUAUUUGGCAACAGGGAAAAUGCAACAAUGCAGCAGUGAUGACUUGGGUCUGUCCCAAUCCUCCGUCAGCAGAGUCAUCACCCAAACACUGACAGCUUUGUCACAACCUAAUAUUGUGACACAAUUUGUUUCAUUCCCGCUGGAUGCCCGCACUUUACACACACAUAAAAGGGCAUUUAUGGACAUUGCAGGAUUCCCUGGCGUUGUGGGUGUAAUUGAUGGAACACAUGUGAGAAUAAUUGCGCCAUCAGAGGACGAGGCUGUCUUUGUUAACAGGAAGAAUUUCCACAGCAUCAAUGUGCAAAUAGUGUUCAAUGCGGCCUGGAAGAUUUUGGACAUUGUGGCUAAAUGGCCAGGCUCCACACAUGAUGCGAGAAUGCUCUCCGAGAGUGGCAUCAGACAGCUUUUUGAGAGACGCUAUGUGCCAGCUAAUUGCCACUUGUUAGGGGACAGUGGCUACCCAUGCAAACCAUGGCUCCUUACACCUUACCUCCAGCCACGCCAAGGGCCCCAACUAAACUAUAACAGGGCCCACAAGACAACAAGAGCGGUGGUGGAGCGUGGCAUAGGCCAGCUUAAGAGGCGCUUUCAUGUUCUCCACGGAGAGGUGCGGCUGAGGCCUGAAAAAGUCAGCAAACUCAUCAUAGCCUGUGCAAUAUUACACAAUAUUUGCAAGGUUAGACAGAUUGCAGAACCUCUGGAGGAUGGCGAUGAGGAUGAGGAUGGAGACAACGAUGAGGAUGGUGGUGAAGAAGAUAUUCACAUUCCACAGGGGAACCUAGCCCAGAGUGGACUGCCUUACAGGGCAAACUUCACAAAUUUACAUUUCAGGCAAGCUGUAGCCCCAUGUCAUUUGAGAACUUGUGAUGGUAUUAAGAACUACCACAGUUUUACUGCACAUCACCUGCAACUGUUAAAUGCAAGACACAGAACACAAUCUCUAAAUGGUUUAUUUUUUAGGUGUUCAAUUUUAAGGCGGUAG